UGAGCUAACUCAUUGCUGCAAACUAAAACAAUAACACUGUAAACAACUGUAUGUGCACAUCAUGACUUUACCUUAACGUUUUAAAGCACGCGAAUAUUUCACGCAGUGAUGUCAGUUCCCAGAACUAGUUCAUCAAAACCAACUGAAAGAACUGAUUCACCAAAUGCCUCGGACUACCUUUCAGUACAGACUGGUGCUUGGUUGGUUUAAUUGUAUUUUGUGUCCAUCUCACUUGCUCCGCACAGUGGUUGAACUUCUAUAGUGCAACGCUCUGCAUUGGAGCUGUCCAGCGUCUCGGUGCUGAAACUUGUCCAGUCGGCUUUUGGCUAAGAGGGGGUUAUAAAAUUCUAGAAUAGGGCUUCACAACCCAGCAACGAGGGCCUGGUUGAUUCAGAUGCGUCAGUAUAUGGACAAAGGUAAUAAAAACGCAUCUUUGGUCUGUUCUGUAAAGAAGGAGGAGUCGUUCUUCCAGCCUUACGGAAGCGCUGUAUGCGGAAUCUACUGUAUUUACAGGGCUGCAGAUAAACAGAGGAAGGGACGUGGUGAGAACGACGGGGGAAAGAGAGACUGAUUAAGACCUGGAGAAGUUGCUCAUUAUGCCCUGGUCUCUGGACUCGGUGCUGCUUCCCCCAUGUGCGUUGCUGGGUGGUCCUCCCCUCAGCGGGCUGCUCUGGACCUUUCUCCUCCUCUUCCUCUGGUACUGCUACCGAGUGGGUUCUGACCCACCAUCCCAUUCUGGCAUGCUGAAAAGUGGCUCUGGCCGAUCCUCAUUCUCUCGGUCAUCCAGCUGUUCCCCGGUUGACCCCAGACACUUAGUGCCUAAAGCAUCUGCAGCUAUUACCAUGGAGAUGGUGGAGGAAGAGGAGGGCACAGAGAGCUACCUGACACCAGUGUUGAGCCACGCCCCUUUCCCCACCGAGGCUGCAGCAGAAAGCAAGAAGCUGUAUAGAGCACUACAAGAGUAUGCCAAGCGCUACAGUUGGGCUGGCAUGGGACGAAUUCACAAGGGCCUGCGCAAUCAGGCCAGGAUCAAUGAUCGGCCAUCCAUUCAGAAGCCUCAUCUCUUCUACCUCCCAGAUGUUCCCAGCAUACCUUUCUUUCCCAGGGAUGCUCAUCGUCAUGACAUUGAGGUUCUGGAGGCCAGUUAUCCCAUAAUCCUUGCUGAGUUCCAAGCAAUGUACCAGAGGGGGGUUGAUACAAAGCUAGGGUGGAGCUACCAAGGACCAAAGGGCCAGACUGUGUUCCCGCUCUAUAAUGCUGGAGUGUGUGUGGCCAGAAACUGCCGUGCGUGUCCGUGUACGUACCGAACUCUCCUCUCUCUCAGAACCUUCAUCAGCAGUAACUCUCUGGGAUCUGCUGGCUUCUGUCUCCUGGGUCCUGGGGCCACACUGGGAGGGGCCUAUGGCCCUACAAACACACGUCUGCGCUGCCAUCUGGGUCUUCAAACUCCUGCUCAGUGUGAGCUGGUGGUGGGUGGGGAGCCUCAGUGUUGGUCAGAGGGACACUGCCUCCUUGUGGAUGACUCCUUCCUGCAUACCAUCUCGCACAAUGGGGGAGCUGAAGAUGGUCCCAGAGUUAUCUUCAGUGUGGACCUGUGGCAUCCUAACGUGGCUGCAGCAGAGAGACAGGCUCUAGACUACAUCUUUGCCCCUGAACAGUAAUUCCAGCUGCAUUUCCCAGGACGCACUAGUCAAACCCACUUCAUGUGGGUUCAAUGCAGAAAAUGUUGUUUUAAAGUUUGCAAAACAUCUUUUGGUUUAGUUAAAGUUCAUAGUGAGGAUAUUUAUCAUUUAACUACUACAUACUUUCAUGUCUGACUCUGUUCAGCCGAGACCUUUGAAAUGUUUCAGACAAAUGACUUCAGUCAGAACUGCAGUUUAUCAUACAGAUCAGACGACAUACUGUGACAACACGCAAACAAUUUUCGAACUUCAUAUCUAUGUUUGACUUGUGCCUGUCUUGAGAAUCCCGCGCUCCUGUUCUAUGGUUUUUGUGCCUGAUUUCUCCUCUUUACCUCUCUGAUGUAUACUGUGAUACAUGGUUCACCGUAAAUACUGUACAUGUGACUCACGGUUAUGCUGUAUAUUUUGUUUUAUUUCAUCAGAUGGCAAUUUAUUUUCAGACCUGUGAAGCACACACCGAAGACAAAAUACUGUAUAUGAACAGAUUACUUGCAUGUGUUCUGAAUUUCGAUUUUGUUGCCAACAAUGCACUUGAUGACUGUCCUGCAAGUCAAGUAUGUAUUCAGCGGAGUUAAACUCAAAAAUAAAAGAUUUUGUCAAAUUGAA